CCGUUCGAAAACAUCGUUCAUUGCCAUCGUCGUGACAGUUUAAUUUCGUGCCAAAAGGUUCCUUCCCACUAAACAUCCAAAAACAUUCCAAAACUCGGAUCAAAUCGUUACAUUUUUCUUGGUGUACUUGUGGAGUAAAAGCAAAUAAAUGACUGCAGAAGCAACGAAAAAAAACGAUGUUCAUUCGACAUUUGCAGGUGAACAAGACGUAAUAGCCAUUGAGGCGAGAAGUGUUUGGCCACGAUUUACCGAAUUCGAAUUCGAUUUACACUCACAUGGUCAUGAUGUUACGAAUUGGACGUCGUUUCUCUUCCCUCUGACCGCGGCAUAGUGUAAAGAGCAGAUUUCCGUGUUUUUCUGACCGAGAAUCAUCAUUACUUGUACCGUCCCGUCCAUUGCCAUUGGCUUCCUUGUUGGCGUUCUCGCUCUCACGGCUUUUUCUUCAUAUUGGAAAUGCUUACCAAGAUGUAUGUGAAUGUGUGCGUUUUUUCUUCAAUUUCACAGCUUCACAUUUAAACUCACGAUUUGCACGAAAGAGCACUCCACCUUGUUGUUCAUGUAUGGUUUUGUGGGGGGAAAGCAUUUCUAGUGAGGUGAAUGGAGUUGGAAUAUCGUUUGCGGUGAGUUUAGCCACUGAUUCGAAUUGCUUCGGGUGCCUCUUCGUGGGUGUAAGCGCGCUGCUGGGAGCAUCACUACAUUGUCGGUCGCUCACUCGCCUGGUCGCAUCGUCGCACCGUCGGCCUGUGGGUGGUUGACCGCCCCAACACCCACGGUGUGAAAAGUGUCACUUUGUACAACAGAAAGGCGCGAGCGCGCGUCCAAAGAAACGCAUCGAUCACUAAAGUUAACUGUUGGUUUGUGUCCCUCGUGUGUAGCUUACGGUUUUGGGGAACAGUUGGAAUCGUUGGAAGGUGCAAGAGUGGGGAAAAUAAAUUAUGUUUUCGAACCUUCGCGCCAUGGAACGACCGCUUGGACGUCGGCUUGUCCACACGACCGUAACCGAUGCGUGAAAAUCGCCCUGCAUCGUCCGUUUUGCGUCCGCGCGUCAUGGACACCGAUUGUCUCAGCACUGAAUCUGGCGGCUGUGAAUGCUACGUAGACGUCCCCGAAGCCGACUCGAUAGGAUGCGUGGAAGUGCUGGCCACCGUGUGCUCGAUCGUGCUGAUGGUUCUGACCCUGCCGAUCUCGCUGUUUCUCUGUUUCAAGGUGGUGCAGGAGUACGAACGUGCCGUCAUCUUUCGACUCGGUCGAUUACGUUCCGGCGGGGCCCGCGGUCCGGGCGUGUUCUUCGUGCUGCCCUGUAUCGACAACUACUGCAAGGUUGAUCUACGUACCGUGUCGUUCGAUGUACCACCGCAAGAGGUACUGACGCGCGACUCCGUAACAGUGUCCGUCGAUGCGGUCGUGUACUAUCGCAUACGGGAUCCACUUAAUGCCGUGGUACAGGUAGCCAACUACAGCCAUUCGACACGGUUACUGGCAGCGACGACGCUUCGCAACGUGCUCGGUACGAGGAAUCUAUCCGAGCUGCUGACCGAGAGGGAAGCCAUCUCGCACUCGAUGCAGGUCACGCUGGAUGAGGCUACCGAUCCCUGGGGCGUACAGGUAGAACGCGUUGAAAUUAAGGACGUUUCGCUGCCAGAUUCACUGCAACGUUCGAUGGCAGCAGAAGCGGAAGCGGCACGUGAAGCCCGUGCUAAAGUGAUCGCUGCCGAAGGUGAAAUGAAAUCGUCCCGCGCACUGAAGGAAGCAUCCGACAUUAUGUGCGAAAGUCCGGCCGCCCUACAGCUGCGCUACCUGCAAACGCUCAGCAGCAUUGCGGGCGAGAAGAACUCAACGAUCGUGUUUCCGCUUCCGAUCGAACUGAUCGGACCGCUCAUGAACUUUACAUCCUCGCUGGGUGUGCAGCGUACUACGGCCCCGAUGGCAGCACCGGCGGGACCGUCCACGACGACCAGCACGUCGUCACCGUUGGACGGCCAUCCAAGCCAUCAACCGCCACUCGAGUAGCAGCAACUUCCGCGCAUACACUUACAACGACGCCACCAUCAUCAGCAUCGGCGGCAUCAUCACCAGCAGCGGCCAGCGCACCGACACCGGGAACCGGGUCCAACCGGUGACCGCAAAAUCAUCGGACCCAGCGUCAUUGGAUCCAUUUCCUCUUACUCCGUAUCCUCGGCGGAAGAUUCGGCCCUCUGCUCUCCCACCAACCGUUUGGCACGAUUUAUUCUAGAUCUAUAGAGGGAGAUCUUGCGCAGUAAUAGUCCAUUUCGAACCAGACAAACGAAUGGAACGGUUGACAGGGAGUAGCAGCAGGGAAAGCACUAGCAGCAUACAUAGCAUAACAGCGAAACCAUACAUACUAUGCUCCAUCCACGGUCGAACGAGCCAAACAAUCAAACGAUAUUGUAGUUGUUGAUGUUUAACAGUGUUAUCAUUUGUCAUUAUUCUCUUUUGAAUGUGUUUUAACGUAACGAACAUGAUUGUAAAUAAAACCGUAUUCGUACUAAACAAA